AUGAUACCAGAUUUCAAGAUGAGAGGCUUAGUAACGCACAAAAUUCAUGGUCGUGGAUUGGGUAUUGGCUUGGAUGAUGCACAUGACGAUUUGGCUCGGGGGUUGUCUACGGCGACGGUAACUCGUUCGAUGGAUGCCUUGAGGAAGGAGAGGAAGUCACAGGAGAAGAGCAUGGACACGCUUAUAAACAACUAUCAUGAUGAUGCCGAAUCGAGUAAGAGGAAUGUUGCGGAGAUGAACGCGGUGAUUGAGGCCGACGCUACUACGCAAGAGAAAACGAUGAGGGCAGUCGAGAGUGAUAUACAGCGGCAGUUGUUCACCAACGUUAAUCAUUUGGAGACAAUCGUCAGUAAUGGGGCGGAAGAGCGAGGCGCUGACGCACACAGAUCGGCUCAGCUACUGAGCAAUAUUGUGGCUGAUCAUCAGAUAGCAGUAGAUCAAGAGCAUGUGCAAGCUAGUGGUGAGAUGGGCAAAGGAGAAACGCUGGUUGCGAAGGCGGCUGAGGAUAUAGGGGGAGACGCGACCAAUGAGGCUGCGAUGAUGAAGUCGAAAAUAGAUCGCAUCUUGCAUUCCGGAACGGCUCAGUUAGAGGACGGAAAAUCUUUCAUCGCCUCUAGUGGGAGGAAGGAGCUUUUGACACAAGAAAAGAUAGCAGAUCAAUUUACGGCAGAGGACCGAGCCAUGUUGAUGAUGGAUGACGCGGACCUCGAGCACCUGAGUAAAGCGGAUAAGGAUAGAUUCAUUGCCUUGGUAGAUCGACUCCAGUCUGAGUCUACUAGACUGAGCCAAGAUUUCGGUCUGCUCGGCAGUGGAUUGGCAGGAGUUGGCGCUGGUGCGGUAUCAGCUAAAGCAGAGCUCGCAGUGCUGGCAUCGAAAGAAGGCAGUUUGACGAAUAAAAUGGAGGCAUUCUCGGCUGAUGGGAAGAAGGCUAUAGCCGCCGACAGAAUGUACGGUAAUCACCUUCUCGGUGGUCUUCAGUCGCAGACGGCGCGGUAUGCCAGUCAGUCUGCUGGAGCAUUGGGAGCCCUUGCGAUACAGGAGAAGAACAAUGCGUCUAAGGGAAUCAAUGAUUAUAUGUCGGAGAUGACACAGGAAAUCGGGAGCCUUCGAGGUGUUAUGGUAAAAGAUGAGGCGGGGACGAGCUCGCAAUACGGCAUUGAAAAGGAUGAUGUCCACAAGGUGACGGAGAUGGUUGCAACACUAAAAGACGAAUCUCAACAAGAUGAGUUGAAGCUGAAGGAUACGCUGUUGAAUUUGAUAAGAAGUGACGAGGACGGCGCUGAAAAUUUUAUUGGGGAGAUGCUGAAGUCCCAGGACGGGAGAAUGGAAGACGUACGGAACCUUCUGUUGAAGAUGAUAGGCACUGAUGCGGCUGGCGUGAUGAAUGCGACGGAAAGUGAUGUGUCUACGAUCAAGGACAAAAUGGAGCUGUUGUUGGCAAGUGAGGAAACGCAGCUUCAGAAGGAAGCGAGGCGGAAUGCACAGUUCAUUGGGAAUACUGAUCAGUUGAAAAGAGUGCAAGCUGCUCAUCAACGAGCGUUGUUGGACUUGAGGAAUAUGAUCAAGUCGCUUACUCAUACGGUGGCGUUGGGACUGCACGCACGGGAGGAGCAAGUCAGUCGUGAGGAGUUGACGCAUGGCAUUGAUAUCAAGAAGUUGUAUGAACGAUUGGCAACAGAGAUGCAGAAACUGGAUGAGUUUUAUUCGAGGACUCGCACGGGAGCUUAUGAUGAUUAUAGGAGAGCGUCUAAUAUGCUUAGGGUGCUGAUUGAUGCGUUGAGGAAAGUGAUGCGACUUGAUCUUGAGAAGGCAGUUGAGCGACAUAUAGCGGCACAUGAGGCUUUGGUGGGUUGGGCUCAGUUUGUCUUGAGUGAUCCUCCACUUUUGCAGAAACGACAGUACGCCAGCAUGAAAAAGUUGGCCAAUACGUCGGAUUCAGCGCUGACAGAAAAGCACUUGCAAGCAUCUAUGAAUAAUUUUGAUAGAGCCUCGGGAGCAUCGGGGACGAUGACACGACUGAUCGAUAUGGCCAGAGGAGUUGGUACGGACGGCGCGCGGCUUGGUGAUAAAACGCAAAGUGACUUGGGCGAUUUCGUGGACAACGAGGCGAAGGAUUAUGAAACGGUGGAGGAUAAUCUCGUUGAUGACACUAAUGUGUUCAAAGGCGACUUGAAAGUGGACAAGAGCCGUUCGGAUGAGGAUCUUCUGGCACACCAGACAGAGGUGGCCAGAGGGGACUCGGCUAUAGCUGGGCGGUUAGGAGAGGGAGGGGACGGCUUGGGAAGACAAGCAUCACGGAUUGGAGAAGCCCUUGGAUACAAUGCUGCUGCUGCGAAUCGUUAUCGAAUGAUAGUCGAGACUGGAAAGCAGAUCACCGGUAACGAGCUGAAGGCUUUGGCUCAUAGAGUGAGUUCGAACGAUGAUGGAUUGUUGAAGUCAAUCGCGGACUCGAAAGGAGUCGCAUUGGAGAGAGCUGCGGACGUGGAGACUGUUGUUGUUGCUUUUAUGACCCUUAUGAACCAAUACAUGGGCGAGGUGAAGGAGAUGGUGGACACUAUGCGGACCAGUAUGGCGGCUCUGGAGCCAGCGGGAGAGCCUAUGGCUAGCAAUGCGACUGACACUUCACAUGAAGUGAUGGAAAGGGCAAGUGAGGUCUCAAGGGAAGUUGAAACUGACCUGCAAACCUCGGAGGUGAUGCACAAUGCUAUGCGCCACGAUUUGUCCGAGGGCCUCAAGGACGUUCAACAGGAUGCGACCAUGCAUCAGUCUACUGAAAGCGAGCUACAUCGUCAGAUGAUGGAUUCAACGAGGAGGGUGGAAGAUACUAGAAAGAGCGGUAGAGAGUCUUUCGACCAAUGGCUUCAUGCCAGAGAGCACCACUAUGAUUCGAUCUUUGUCGGUCUCGCUAGUGAGCUCAACAUAGUGCUAUUUACCUCUGAAACGGAGGCUCAGCAAGCUAUCAACUCACCCAUUGUUGUAUCGAACUCAACCGGACGAAUUCGUUUGAAUCUCAUCCCUCUGGCAGAGAUCCCCGAUAGAAUACCUGAACUCUUACGCUUCCUCAUGCCUAGUAAUUGCAGCGAGGGGGUGGCCUCCUGCUUGCCGUAUAGGAAUACCAAGAUCAACACGAUGUACAACCAAAUACUGUAUCUCUUGAACAAGUCACAGGAAGCCUCGACGAGUGUUGACUCUAUCGAUAAGAGCAAUGCGCAACACAACCUCACUUUAAAUGGUGACGGUGGGAAGGAAAUGGUUGCCAGUCUCACUAAAGGCAUCAACCUCCUGCGAAGAUCGACAGGUAAAAGCCUCACUGGAGCAGCCAGAGUUAUGACUGACACUGAGGAGGAUAUGGGCAGUGAAGUGAAACGACUCAGGGAAUGGUUUUCUGAGCAAUCAAAAGGAGCUCGUGAUAAGAAUACUGGGGCUAUUCAGCGGACCACGGAUCACAUGCUUCAGGCUGACGAGAGGCUCGCAUCUAAUGCCGCAAAGGCAAAUCAUCGCUGA